AUGUCGUCCACACGCCUUGCUGCGCCCGCUACCCGCUCAAAGACGGUUGCGACACCUACAAUGGGCACUCUGCCGCUGUCCAAAGCCUACCCGAGCGAGCUGGUGCCGACCGACACCUCGCCAACCUCGCCCUUCACUCUUCCGCCGCCAAACGCGCUCGUCUUCAAGCAGCAUGUCCAUCGGUACCCUGAGCCCGUUGGACUGGUCGAGCGGACGAGGAUCUGGUACAUGGGCGUGUUCUGGGAGGUCCUCGAGCCGUGGGAACGGGUGUGGAUUCACUCGCUUCUCUUCGCCCUCCUCUUCCUCCUCUACAUCGCCUUCUCCCGCCUCUUUGCACCAACGCACAUCGCGCACAUCGCGGACCGCUUGAGGUGGUACAUCUUUGGACUCGGGUCCGCGGUGGAGGCGUUUGGAGGUGCGGGAGGGAUGAGGGCGCAUGUGGGUGCUGGGAAGGCGUAG